AUGGAAGAGGCCUAUAAGCAGUACGCGAACCAAGCGCGUCGGAAAAACCGCUCCAGCACCAACCUCAACCACCUCUCCCUCGCCCCCUUCACCUCGAGGCUGCCCCUCCAGGACGACGAUGCCCUCCCCGACCACCUGACCUCGCCGCACCACGGCACUUCCUAUUUGCAGGGCAAGUCCGCUCCCACCACGCCCGGUCUGCUGUCCCGCUCGCCCGCCCAACCCAACUCUCACGCCCGCCGCUCCUCGGUGCCGCACGCCGAACUCCCCAAGAGCAAGUCGGCCACCCACCUGGCGCCCGACGCCGGCCACCGAAAAUCACACAACCGCAAAUCCGUCUCGGGCACCACCUCGCCGACGGUGCGCCGUCGCAAGGACAAAGAUGACCUCUCGAUCCGGGAUCGGAACGACAGCGACUGGCUGCUGAGGACCGGCGCGCUCAUCAGCAACGAGAACCGCGAGUUCAAGGGCCAGGCGUGGCUGGUGUCGAGGCAGAGCUCGACGAGCUUGACGGGCAUGCGGGACGCCGACGAGGAGGCUUUCGAGAGGGAAUUGGCCCGGGAGCGGGAGCUCGCCAGCCGUCGCAGCAGCCGACGCGGCAGUCUUGCCGACCUGGACGGCGCGUAUACCCACUCGGCCCGGCCUAGUCGUCCUGGGAGUCGGUCAGCUAGCAGAGUCGGCACCCGGAGUCAGAUUUUGACACCCAUGGAGCGUCACUCCUUGGACGAGGGAUACUUCCCUCGCCACGAGGGCGAUGACUACAUCCCCGGCCCCGACUUUGUCAAUCUCGACGAGCAGCUCGAGUCCUACGAGCCUGACACAACUCAGGACGACGAGGCUGCCGUCAGAAGGCUCGUCAAGGGCGAGAGGGCUGGAGGUGCCUCCUGGGUCGGCAAUAUCCUGGGAUGGCCAUUGUUUGCGGUCGAGGAGAACGAGGAAGAGUCGGACGACGACGACGCCGAUGGGGACUUUGACGUUGAGGGCGAUGAGGAGGGGGCGCAGGAGCUCCACCGGUCGUGGUCAGCCCGCCAUUUCGAGGGUGUUGUCGACGCCCCGGAACAGCGGAUCCCGCCCCCAAAGGCCAAUGAGGGUGGCUGGCAGGAUGCGGCAUGGUUGCUCACUGUGGCCACCAAGGUUUUGCUGUGA